AUGAAAGUUAAAUAUCCAUCAGCUACUACUACUACCAUCAUUAAUACAACUACUACUACUGUUACUACCGCUACUACCUUUACUACUUCCCCAAUAAUCAGCAAUGAUCUGUUAUGCAAUAGUGAUUCUGAAUUUGUAUGUGUCUGUCAACAAAAUGCGGGUAAUUUACUAAAACAUUAUAUUCUAUGUACUGAACUUAUUGAGUUCGAUGAAUUGCCAGUAAUUGAAAUGAACAUCAGGCGUGUCAAUUUAAGUGCUCGAUUGUAUACCAAUGAAACCUACGAAUCCUAUUUUAAACGUCGAGUUGCAGCCACUGAAAAUGUUGUACUACUUAGUAUCAAACCAAAUAAUUUACAAUCAACAACAAUUGGUUUCGUGAUUACCAAAAGUCAACGACGAAGUACUCUCAGUACUAUGACAAUUCUGGAUUCUACUAAAGUGAAAUAUGUUCUAACGGCACAACUAGCUGCUCUGUCCCGCAUUCUUGGUGGAGUACGUAUCGAAUACGUUGAAAUAGCUAUAAUGGAAAAGUACCGAGACAAUAAUAAUAGUGAAACUAUACAGCGGGAUAAUUUUGGUCUUCUGCUUAUCCUAUCUAUUACUGCUACAUUUCUAACAAUCACUUACACCAUUGCUGCUGUCCGAGUAUGCAGAGACUGUUAUGCAAAAAGACAAGCAAAGAAGAAUGCUAGAAAACUGAACAAUGCUUUCGAAAUGCCAAAUUACGGUACCUGUAUAGAACUCAAACAAAAUGAGGUGAGCAGGAGUUAUGAAACUCAUAAUGCUGUCAAGGCAGGGAACGAUCGAAAUAAUUUAAAUCCGGAAGAAAUGGCAGUUAUGGAUGCAUACCAAAUGAGGCGAAUGUUCCAAUGUGAUCCAUCACAGUUGCCAGCUGAAGUGCCGCUGUCACCAGAAACUUCCACUGAUUUACUCGCAAGAGAUGCUUCAAAAUCUCUCAAUGAACCCAAAAAAACAAAGCCAACUGUUUACCAAUCCAGAAAUAUGGAAGAAAAAAAGAAUUCUGCCCUCUCAGAUAAAAUUAACAAAAUGUCUCAAGAAAAGGAAAACAUUAUUGAAGUACCUCAAAAAAACGCCAAUAUUUUGGCAAAAAAUGAAGAAAUUACCGAAAGAUCAUCCUAUUGUAACUCUAAUUUAACAACCUAUUUUUGUCAAUCUGAAAACGAAUUUUUUGAACAGAAGAUUAAAAAAUUGCCGACAUCAAUCUCUAAUCAGCCAAUGGCAACAUGCAAUCAACCUGAAGCCAUUCCUCAACUGGCUACAAAUUUGAAAGAACCGAAAAUUGAUGAACACUUAGAAGCAGUCUGGGAUCAACCUGCAUUACAAAAUGAAUCAAUUUGGUUGGCCGACAAAGAACUGCGAGACAAAUCUUACAGCUUGAAAAGUUUGUUUUCUGAACCAUCUUUCAAUACGAAAUCAUAUAAUGAAGAAACAAUAAAGUUGGACUUAAAUCAAUCAAAUCAAGAAAGUAAGCGUCACACAGAAACUAAAGCAGUUGGCUUAAAAAGAGUUUCUCUAACAGAUCAAUUAAAUUAUCAACAAAAAUCAGAAUCCUCAGAAUGUUUUGUAAAAGAUAACAAACCUAUUCAUUUCAUCCAAAAAUCGCGAACAACUCAAUUCGAUAACUGGUCCACUGAAAGUGAUGAUGAAGAAGGUGAUGUAUAUCAUAAAUUAUCAGAAGCUGAGGAAGAGGAAGAAACAGAGAGGAAUCCUGAACCUGCUGUUAUAAGUUGUAUGGCAAAAGUCAAAGACUUCACAGAAGAUCCUACAAUUUCUCAAAAUGAGAAUUAUGGAAUAAAUUUAGAUAUGCAAUCUUUUACCCAUACAAAACAAUUUAAAAUUAAUGCUGACGAGCCAUGCUACAAACAACUGCAAAAAUCACUGUUAUCAUCGAAUUCAUUGGAUUUGAGUUCUACUUCUAACAAACCUACACCGGAAGAGUUUGCUAGUUUCUCACCUACAGAUGAUCUGAAGUGA